CUGCCGGCAGCGGCGCGCUCGGCUUUCCGGCAAUACCCGGAUGGACGGGUAAUGGCCGCCAUCUGGGACUCGCAGGCAAUGGGGACCACGACAGGGUCCAUCUUGAAUCAGUUCUUAACAUGGUGUCCUCUUUGUUAAGUGUGGAGUCUCUGAGUAGAGAUGGCUUUGGUAGCUCCAAAGUAGACGGGUGAUGUGCUUUAACUCUUCUUGUCUAGACCAGUGGAACCAGAUGGAGCUUCGAAGUUUAGAAGACACAAGUUUUAAGGAUAUCAUCUCUUUUGAUCACUCACUGUACCUGAUUAUGGCAUUGUCCAAGCAUUAAGUUGUGUGCCUUUGUUCCUGGGAGAAAGGCUCUGCAGAGUGUCUUUGAUCUGCUGUAGGAAGCAAGAAUAACUCUAAGAAUGUUGAUACUAGAAGUUCCCUAUUCUUCCUGGUUUCUGGACUCAGCAGGAAACUCUGGAUUCCUUUCUUCUCGCUCUUAUAUUAGCCUGAGCCUUCUGUCCCCCAAAGAGCUCCGAUCUGAUCUUUCAUUCAAGUCUCCAUCUCUCCCAAGGGAAGCAUCCUAUAAUUCCUGAUGUCAGUUCGUGGUUGAUGGUGCUUUAUGCCUCUGGCUCCAAUGAGGGGCCUAUAAAUCAGGUCGCAAAUAACUUCACAAGUCUUCAGAACAAAAGAAACUUUUUUUUUUUUAAUUAAAUCAUGCCAUUUGAACAGACACAGCCAUUUUGUGAUGAAAAACAAACUAGUUUGAAAGAAUUUGAUGCAAGAAAUGAGGCAGCAGAUACUAUUGGAUCAAUACCUACACCAAAAAUUUCAGAAACGAGUGUUCGUUACGAACUAAAAACCGUGAACAUCAGUUUGCCCAAGAUAAAUAUUCCAGAUGAAAUCUUAAGGAAACAUGAAGUUGAAAAAUACAGAAUAUUAUUUCAGAGUAAACCACAGACGGCAAGGAAAUGUAUCAGUGUCCAGACGGUAAGCUGUGCAGAGGAGUGUGUGCUGCCUUGUAAAUCUGAGCGAGCUGAAGAAGACAGUGGAAACAUGUCUGCAAAAAUACUCAACUUCAGUUGUUUAAAAUGCCAAGACAGUACUCAGUAUAGCCCAAACGAUUUGCAGAAACACUUUGAAAUGUGGCAUCAUGGUGAGUUACCUUCAUUUCCUUGUGAAAUGUGUAGUUUUUCAGCAGAUGACUUCCAGAUAUUUAAGCAACACCGAAAAACCCAUAGGAACACUUUUGUAAAAUGUGAUAUUUGUAACAGUGAGCGUUCAUAUACUUUAUUGGACUUGACAAAACACUUCACAUCUAACCAUUGUGUUAAUGGAAAUUUUCAGUGUGAAGAGUGUAGAUUCUUUACCCAGGAUGUGGGCACAUUUGUUCAGCACAUUCACAGACAUAAAGAAAUGCAUUAUAAAUGUGGAAAAUGCCAUCACCUCUGUUUUACCAAGGGAGAACUUCAGAAGCACCUUCGUGUCCACUCUGGUACUCUUCCCUUCACUUGUCACUACUGUAGCUAUGGUGCCAUUCAUAAAGACCAACUUGUCAGACAUGUUAUAACUUUGCAUAAAGAACACUUAUAUGCGAAAGAAAAACUAGAAAAAGACCAGUAUGAUAAAAGAGUGGCGACUACAACAGGACUUAAACUAAUACUUAAAAGAUACAAAAUAGGUCCAACAAAGACGUUUUGGAAACGUAAGACAGUUACCAAUGGGAAUGAUGAAAGUAUAGGAAAAAAUGCUCAAGUGUUUAAUAUAGUGAGCAAAACACAGACUAAAUCUGAAGAUCAGCGUCAGGAGCAAUUAAGUGAUGAAAAGGGUGAAAGACUGCACUGUGAGAAUGGUGACAAACCUACAGAAGCAGAAAAGUCAACUCUGCUGUCCACUGGGCAAUAUAAUAAAGCUGGCGAGAGAGCAAAUGCUACUUCAAGUUUCUUGAAGAGUGGUGUACAAGGGCCUACAGUGUUACUGGUGAGAAAUAAUAAGAUUACAAUUCCUGCUAACUACAGCGCCAAGUUUAUGGGCUUCAAGGUGGUAGAUGGGAGACAGCAUAUUGUAAUAAAAUUGUUGCCGAUCAAUAAACCUGCACCAGCCUUACAACCAAACAAAGAAAAGGAUAGUACAGCUAAUUUGCCACCCCAGUCUUUGGACAACACUGGAUUUGCAACUGGAGUAACAACUGAGGUGAAUGACACAAAUUUUGUGAAAGCAGCUCCACUUUCAAGUUCGUCUUCGGUGCUUUCCAAGAAAGAAAUUUCUGAAAAAGAAAUGGCUUUCAUAUCUGAAAAGAAUAAUGUGCUUCAGACGGUAGAUAACAGUAAAAGUUUAUCUUCUUUGCCAACAACGUCAGAAUCAGUUACUGCAUCGGUGAGUUUGACCACAAAAGUUGAAGCAACAGAUAAUGUUGACUUGUGGGAAAAUGAUGCCACUCAAAGUCAUCCAGAUGUGUUAGGUACCACCAAUAUUAAAAGUCCAGAUAAAGUCAACCUUACCACUAAGCCAAAUGCAAACAGUUGUGGAGAUAUGCAUAACUAUUGCAUUAAUUAUGUCAGCUCUGAGUUACCUGAUGAAUCCUCCAGCUGUUUUGAGUUCUGCAACCAAGUAUCAUUACCUUUUCAUAAUUACUCAAAGGUGAAUAAUAAGCGUCGUAGGUUUUCAAGAACAGCGGCGUUUGAAAGUCUUCAGAGGGAGUCUACAAACAAAACAGUUACUCAAGAGUCAACUAGUGACAGUGAUACAUUUGAAAAUCUUCAAAGGGACUCUGCAAACAAAACAGUUACUCAAGAGUCAACUAGUGACAGUGAUACACUUUCCCCACCAACAAGAAAGGAGAGCUCCGACUCAGAUAGCCCGUCAGCACCUGUCAGCCCAUUAGAUGAUAAAGAUGGAACUUUAAAAAUGAAAGCGGAAAUUGAAGAACCGUGUAAUUUAGAUGAAGGACAAAAUUUUGAUAACCAAAGCCUCUUUACUAAUGAAAACCAAGAUUUAUUGAGUGUGACUGAAGAAGCUAAAUGGAAGGAUAUUCCCAGUGCUGGCUCCCCUAUGAUGCCUAGAAUCACAUCUGUUUUCUCUCUCCAGAGCCAGCAAGCUUCAGAAUUUUUGCCACCAGAAGUAAACCAGUUACUUCAAGAUAUAUUAAAACCAAAAUCUGAUAUAAAGGAAGACUCUAAUAACAUUCCCAGUGAAAACCUCCCACUUGAUUGUGACCAAACAUUGAAAAAGGCUGAGGAAGAAGAAAUAAUAGUAGAAUCUUCAAAAGACUUCCAAGUGCAAGACAUCUUGCCAGGCCCAUCUGCCAGUGUAGGUGUUAGUAUGCCUACAAAUGAUUUGAAUUUAAAAUGUAAUGGACAAGAAAAGCAAGUGGUGUCAGUAUUACAAGAUGUGAGAGAUUCAGAGGUGACUGCUAAAAUUCCAAGUAUUAUCACAUUACUUAAGACUCAGUCCGAUGCAAUAAUAACACAACAGCUUGUAAAAGACAAACUCCGAACCACAACACAAAAUUCGGGUCCUGUAUAUAUUCAGAAUCCAUUUCUAACCUCAGAACAGAAAAAUCCUGUAUUUGUUCAAACUCCAAAAGGUUUUAUUAUACCAGUGCACGUUGCUAACAAGCCUGGAUUCCCUGUUUUCUCUGGAAGACCUCUCCUUUUGGUUAAUACACAGAGUGUACCUGCUUCUCUCCUUGUAAACAAGAAACCUGGAAUGCUUUUGACACUUAAUGGGAAACCUGAAAGUGUUCCCACUGUCAAAACUGAGAGUGUUCAAAGUUACGGAACUAUAACUACAGAACCUUGCAAAACGUCUUUUCUGAAAGUAGAACAAAACAGUAACUGUUUUACACCUACACUUUGUUCCAGUGUUGGCACUUGUGUCAACAUGAAAAGUUGCUCAGAGAAUACAUUGCCCUUGACGGGUCCUUACAUUAUUAAAACACCUGUAGGUUCUUCAGUGAGAGCUGUUCAUUUUCCUAACAUUCUACCUGAGCAGCAGCAGGGCCCUAAGAUGAAUAUCUUGGGUACAGGAAAACAACAGAAUGAAAACUUGCCCAAAGCAUCUCUGUACACCCUCAUGCCUGAUGGUAAACAAGCUGUGUUUUUUAAGUAUAUGAUGCCAAAUAACACUGAACUGCUUAAGCGUAAGUUAGUCAGAAAUAGUCCUUACCAGUAUAUUCAGCCAAAGAGACCUGAAGGAGCACCACAGAAGAUACUGGUAAAAAUUUUUAAUCCUGUUUUAAGUGUGAGUACUGCUAAUAAUCUUUCAGUUAGCAACUCUGCAUCCUCAUUCCAGAAAGAAAAUGUACCAUCUAAACUAGCGGGACUUGGAGAGCAGAAAGAGCUAGAAUCUUCUAGAGAUGCCUUACCAGUCUCAGAUGGUUCGAUGCCAGCAAAUGAAAUUGUUCUUACUUCAACUGCAACAUGUCCAGAAUCUUCUGAGGAACCAGGGUGUAUCAGCGAGCAUUCAGAAACAAGAGUAUUAAGGUGUAAAGCAAACUGUACAACUGAGAGAAAUUUCAGUAAAAGAAAGAUUUGUAAAAAUAAGUUUGCAAAAAUCAAGACUCGUAUAAGUCAAGAUUCUGAAAUCACCAUUGUAUCUAGAAACAGAAGCUGUAAACGAAAGUACAUUGAUAAUUAUCAAGAACCCCCAAGGAAGAAGUCAACAUUGCAUAGGAAAUGUAGAGAAAAGGCUAGCUCUGAAGAUGUCCAGGAAACAUUUGGAUUUAGCAGACCCAGGCUUUCAAAGGAUUCAGGUAGAACUUUGAGACUUUUCCCUUUUAAUUCCAAACAGCUGGUGAAAUGUCCUAGGAGAAAUCAACCAGUUGUGGUUUUGAACCAUCCUGAUGCAGAUGCUCCAGAAGUAGAACGUGUAAUGAAAACUAUUGCAAAGUUUAAUGGACGUGUACUGAAGGUUUCAUUGUCACAAACAACUAUUAAUGCUUUACUGAAACCAGUUUAUUAUAACACUUCUGAAACAACUUACAAUGACUUUUCCAAGAGACACAAGAUGCUUAAACCUGCUAAUUCUGUGAAAGAAAGAUUCGUGCUAAAACUAACACUCAAAAAGACAAGCAAAAAUAAUUACCAGAUUGUAAAAACUACCUCUGAAGAUGUCUUGAAAGCUAAGUUUAACUGCUGGUUCUGUGGUAGAGUUUUUGACAAUCAGGAUGUGUGGGCUGGGCAUGGGCAGAGACAUUUAGUGGAAGCUACUCGGGAUUGGAAUAUGUUAGAAUAACUUACUGUGAUUACCAAGGAAAGAUACUUUAGAAAGAAAAAAUGGGUUAUGUUACCAUAAUUCAGGCUUUUUCUACAUCAGUAUAGUUUUUGAACAAUUUCAGAGUUGGUUCUAUUUCUGUGGAAGAGCAAAAGCUUUAUGUGUGGUACUUGAAAAUGCCACAGAUACACAUGUUUUAAAAGAAAGUAAUUAGCACAGAUAGACCUUGAUGGCAUCUGUGGGAAGGUAGGGCCAAGGAAAUUUUUGAUAAAAGUUUUUCCAGUUGAGUUUAGAGACUGAGUAGAGAGAGUGUAAUGGUGGACAGCCUCAUUCCCUUUCUUCUCCCACCAGCCUUAUAGAUCUGACAAAUAGAGAUUCUCUGGAGAUGGAGAACCCUUUCACAGGAGUUUCUUAGUGCGUGUGAAGAUGGACUGAGCUUGAAUAAAGUUACUCUCUAUCUGUUAUAGUUCAUUUGAAAGGUAUUAUGUUCUCUUGAAGCUACAUCUGACUGGACUGCUCUUAAACUUGAAAUAAUGCUUGAAGAGUUUUCGGCAAGUAAAUCCUAUUGCUGUUAACUCUGCCCUAUAUCAGGUUGGAAUACUCUCCCAAGAUAAUUCUCUAUUUCUGUGGCUGGCUCAAUCAUUGAAGUAAAUGGGGCAGUCUCCAGAGGAGAAGGAAACUUUCUCUAAAACGCACUUGAAAGUCAACAUUUUCCUGAAUUUGGUUCUAUUUGUACAUUAGGCUUAUCUGAUUUAGAAGUGUCCAUAACAAGAGGCCUUUUUUUCUCCCUUGGUUGGCAACCCUUCAAAAUGAACAGAAAAAAUAUGGAAAUACUUCAAAGGAAAUGGCUUUUCUUGAAAAUUAAAACAAUUUAUUUUUACAGAGAUAAUAUUUUGAAGCAAGGUUAGCAAAGCAGAUCAUAUUUUUGCUUGUGUUUAAUUACUGUUCUUGCCUAAACAUGUCCACUUUAGGAUAGACCAUUUUCAUUAGUAGUUUUUCAGGAUGACCAACAACCCCAAAUAGUAUUAAUAGUUGGCAUUUGAAAAUAGAGAAGCAAGCAUUAAUGAUGGACUCAGUAGCAGUUCAUAAGAUUUUAAGAAAAAUUCCUAAGAGACAUGCGCAACAAUUUUAAAGUGGACUUUCAUAACAAUUACCGAUUUAACUUUACCAUACACAUUUAUAACAAUUGUUUUUGCCUCAUUGGAUAAUGGAGUUCUAUUAAAAAAUGACAUACAAUGUAAAUUUUUUGUUUUGUUACUAUACAUAUUAAUGACAUUUUCAUUGAUUGGAUCAAAAUUUCAGGGCUUCUUUUUUGUAUAUAAAAAUGUACAUAUUUUUGUACUUGAUUAUGUAAAUUUGCACAGAAAGUUUAGGACACAAAAAAUAUUUUCUUUCAGUUCUGUGCAUGCAUUAAUAAAAGUGGGUGAUUUAAAAAGACUGUACCCAUGUUAUUUUUUAUUUCUGACUUUUUUUUUGUUGGCAUACAUUUUAUUUUUUUCAGGGAUUAAACACUAUUUUAGCAAGUGCCUAAAAAUUAUGUGAACAGUUUACAUAAGUCAACUGUAACAGUAGGUCCUAAGUGGGCCCAUUCCCCUAAUAGUUUUGAUUUAAACAAAGCCAUAAAUAGAUACUUCAAGCUAUAUUGCUAUGCACAUUAUACUUGUACUGUUUUGUGCAGUUUAUCUACUUUCUUAGUGGAGUAUUUUUUGUAUAAAACCUGUUAUAAUUGUGUUUCUUGAAUUGAGCCUGAGUGGAAUUGAUUGGAAAUACACAGUAUAUAUUAAUAAUGUACAUGAUGUUUAAAGAAUGGUAAGCAUUGUUCAUUUCCUUGUUCACUGUUAAUGAAGGUUUUGAAAGUUUUCUUCAAUUAAACUUAAGCUUGUGUUAACA